AUGGUCUACGCUAACAAGGAAGUUCAACAAGAUCCCCGCAGCGUCAAAGUGGUCGGCAACGCGAGACACGACAGUACCGACUCGCCACCAUCGACGCAAGACGUAGCACAUGAUGCCGCCUACAUCGCCAAACUUACAAAAUGGUGGACUGACGACGAGGAGGCAGCCGUUCGACGCAAGUUGGACGUUCGUAUUAUCAUUAUCUCAUUCCUGUUGUACCUUUGCGCAACUCUUGAUCGUUCAAAUUUGGGCAAUGCCAAGACAGCCGGGCUUGAAAAGUCGCUCGGCAUGAGCGACGCUCAAUUUCAAUGGCUCCUCACCAUCUUCUAUAUCGCCUACAUCCUCUUCCAAUUCCAAGUGAUGAUGUACAAGCUUGUACCGCCUCGCAGCUGGAUCACCUUUUGUGUACUGAUCUGGGGCGUGGCUGGCGUAUGUCAGGCAGCAACGCAUAACUGGGCAGGGAUGAUGGCCGCUCGGUUUUUCCUAGCGGUCUCGGAAGCAGGGUACGGUACGGGCUUUGCCAUGUACCUCAGCUUCUUCUAUCCGAAAACCGAGAUCGGUGCGAGGUUCGGAUGGUUCGUUUCCGCAGGUGCAUUGUCAAGUGCGAUUGCGGGAGCGGUUGCAUAUGGAUUGGUCCAUGCAAAGACCAGUGUGGAGUCAUGGAGAUUGCUCUUCUUGAUCGAAGGUGUUCCGACAUUGGCCAUGGCACCGAUAGCAUAUUGGUUACUGCCAAAUAGCGUACAGAGCGCCAAGUUCUUGACAGUGAGGGAGAAGGCGAUUGCCGAAGCACGACUGUUUCGCUCACCUCCUCGAGCCGAAGCUGUUGAGUUGCGGGAAAGCAAAGCUCUUUCAUGGUCAUCUAUCAAAAGGAAAAUCAACUGGUCGCAAGCAGGAGCAGCGUUCAAGGAUCCCAUGUCGUACAUCGCCGCUUCGCUGCUCUUCAUCAUCAACGUCGGGUAUUCUUCGAUUCCGGUUUACACGCCGACACUAGUGGCGGAGAUGGGGUAUGGAAGCAUCAAAGCGCAAGGACUUUCGGCCCCACCUUACGUCCUCGCAUUCAUCAUGUCGAUCACCCUGUGCUGGGUGACCGAUCGGCUUCAGAUCCGCGGGCCCAUCUGCACGUUGCUCCUCAUCAUCGGUUCCAUCGGAUACCUAAUGCUAGCGACCUUGCGUUCAACAGCAGCGCGCUACGUUGCAAUAUGGCUAGUCGUCAACGGUCUUUUCCCAUUUAUCCCAAUCCUUUACAUGUGGUUGAUGGACAAUCAAGCUAGCGAGUCCAAAAAGGGUCUUGGACUGGUCAUCUUUGCGACGAUCGGUCAGUGUGGACCAAUGUUGGGAACCCAUCUGUUCCCAGCCAAGGAGAAACCGUAUUACGUCAAGGGAACGGCGGUGAGUGCUGCACUGUUGCUGUUUGGUGUAAUUGUAUCGGCGGCGGCCAGUUUCAGGUUCUGGAGCAUCAACCGACGUAGAGACAUGAACGACACGCUGCGGGCCGACCGAGGCGCAAGCGCCGUCGAUGCUGCUCAUGUGACCGAGAGUUCGAGCGAGUUGGAUAAAGAAAACGCCCAGCCGCUUUCCGGUGAAGUGGAAGAAAACAUGACCGAGGCGAACAGAAGAAAGAUCCACGUGCUACUGCAUGGUGAGGAGUCUCCUUACUUUCGAUACACAAUCUGA